ACAUUAGAUUUCUCUCCAGGAAACCGCGUGUCCUGAUAUCUGCCAGUGUAAAGACUUCACUCGGAUCCUGCCUUAGUUUCACCACCCCCCCGCCAUUCCAGAAACAAUAUUAUUUACCACGUCCAUUUUCUUGUCCCCUUCCAGCUUUCCCCCCUUUUUUUAAAAAAAGAAUUGUUGUUUGCGCUUGAUUUUAUGCGUCUGCUUUUUUUUUAUACAUCAGCCAGGACUCCGGGUGGAACGAGAGAGAAGGGGGGAAAAAAGUAUCCGACAUUACUGACAGAUUUACGAGCCAAUUGCGAACCAUCGCCUGAAGGCUACAUGAUUUGAUCCCGACAGAGAAGUGCUUGUUUGAAUUAGCCCAUCGGAACAAAGGGAUCCGGGGAUGUACAACAUUGUAUUGCACUGUGUUUGAUCGCGGCUGGUUCCCCCCUUCCCCCGCCCCUCUAAAUCUAUAUUAUUUGGGGUGUUUCGUAAUUUCUGAAGAUCGACAGCAACCUGGAGAAUUUGCUACAGCAGCAACGUGAAAGAUGUUUCCUCACAACCGAUCGUCGGUUCCACCACCGGCAACUCCAGCAGCAUCAUCCCAACCUUUAAAGUUCACCUUCCCAGAAACAUUGGAUCGGAUUAAGGAAGAAUUCCAGUUCCUGCAGGCACAGUACCACAGCCUUAAGAUGGAAUGUGAGAAACUGGCCAGUGAAAAGACAGAAAUGCAGCGACAUUAUGUGAUGUACUAUGAAAUGUCAUAUGGCCUCAAUCUUGAGAUGCAUAAACAAACUGAAAUUGCAAAGAGACUGAAUGUGAUCUGUGCCCAGCUCCUUCCUUACUUAUCACAAGAACAUCAGCAACAGGUAAUCCAGACUAUAGAACGUGCCAAGCAGGUGACCAUGGGCGAAUUAAAUGCUGCCAUUGGAGUUCGAGGACUUCCUAUUCUACCACCCCCACACCACUUUCAACCCCAACAGCUGUCACAUCAUGCAUCUCCCUUCCCACUUGCCCUCCACCCGUCAGGCCUGCAGCUUCCUGCCAUGUCAUCCAUUGGUGCCAGCUCAGGUCUUCUGGCACUGUCCAACGCUCUCGCAGCUCAUCCCCCGUUUGCGCUGAAAGAAGACAAGAAUCAUCAAGAUCUGGAGCAUCGACGAGACAGAGACCAAGGCUCAAGCUCUGUACAUUCAUCCAAUGGAGACAAACCAAGGAACUCCACUGAAUACCCCAACCAUCUGAAGAAGAAGAAGACAGAGGAACGCGAUUCAUUGAACGAUUAUGACAGUGAUGAAGACAAGAGUGAUGAUAAUCUUGUGGUUGAUGUUUCUAAUGAGGAACCUUCAUCGCCUCACAGCAGUCCUUCUCAAGCAACACAUGAAAAUGGAUUAGACAAACUGCAUAUGAGAAGGAAGAACCAAGUGAAUAGUCCCAGUUCCUUAGUUUCCACAAGUAGCACUCCUCCUCCUCCGCUAAAGAGUAAAGACACGGCUGUGAAUGAGAAAUCCAGUACGCCUAGUCUGAAGUCGAAUGUAUCAUCAUCACGGGGGGAUUCUGCAACCCCAGGCACUAGUGGGACGUCACAGCUGUGCUCAGCUUCGAGUAAAACAGGGGCUGAUCCCUUAGCCUUAGGGUUAAAAACACCCCUGUCUGUACAGGGUGCUUUCCCUGUUCCAUUCGGAAUGGUCCACACUGCAGUCAAUGGGGGGAUUGCUGGUGCCAAUGCAUAUGCAGGUUUACACUUUGCUUCCCCUCAACUCAAUGGUGGAGCCUCGGCCUCCACAUUUGGACGCUCAUCUGUGGCUGGGUUUGAGCCUCACUCUCACAAACGAGGUCCUGGACUCCCUGGGAGCCUGUCUGCAGCGACAGCAGGAAAACCUGCCUACUCAUUCCACGUUGGAGCAGACAGACAGAUGCAGCCUGUUGCUUUCCCAACUGAUGCGCUCACAGGCCCAGGCAUCCCACGGCACGCUCGACAGAUAAACAACCUUCCCCAUGGAGAGGUGGUGUGCGCUGUGGCCGUCAGUAACUUCACAAAGCACGUGUAUACUGGGGGAAAAGGCUGCGUCAAAGUGUGGGAUAUCAGUCAGCCAGGAAACAGAAGCCCGGUCUCACAGCUGGAUUGUCUGAACAGAGAAAACUAUAUCCGUACCUGCAAGCUCUUCCCUGAUGGCCGUAGUCUGAUUGUGGGUGGCGAAGCCAAUACCAUUUCCAUCUGGGAUCUCGCAGCUCCAAGUCCACGAAUAAAAGCUGAAUUGACUUCAUCGGCCCCUGCUUGCUAUGCACUGGCUAUUAGCCCUGAUGCUAAAGUCUGCUUCUCCUGCUGCAGCGAUGGAAGUAUUUUUGUCUGGGAUCUGCACAAUGAAACACUCAUUCGGCAGUUCCAAGGCCACUCUGAUGGUGUCAGCUGCACUGACAUUUCUAAUGAUGGGACGAAGCUAUGGACUGGAGCAUUGGACAAUACGGUCAGAUGCUGGGACCUGAGAGAGGGUCGUCAAGUGCAUCAGCAUGAUUUUGCCUCACAGAUCUUUGCACUAGGCUGUUGCCCAACCGGGGGCUGGCUAGCUGUUGGCACGGAGAGCAGCAAUGUAGAGGUAUUACAUGUCAACAAACCAGAUAAAUAUCAGCUUCACCUUCACGAAAGUUGUGUUCUAUCACUCAAAUUUGCCUAUUGUGGCAAAUGGUUUGUAAGCACUGGAAAGGACAACCUUCUAAAUGCAUGGAGAGUACCAUAUGGAGCAAGUAUAUUCCAGUCCAAAGAAUCUUCAUCUGUACUAUGCUGUGACAUCUCAGUUGACGACCAAUAUGUUGUUACUGGCUCAGGGGAUAAGAAGGCCACGGUUUAUGAAGUAAUUUACUGAGGAUUCAGAUCUUUAUUGGAAGGGAUGGGAUUUGAGGGGGAGGGAGCCUUUAACCUUGAAGAAGAGACCUCGAACCUGGAAUCAAGUGAACCAUAUUACCCAAGGAUCAUGUCGAAUGGAGUUUUGUCCUCGCAGGAAGAUUAUCAGAUGUGGCCUUGACUUGGUUGUAGAAAUUAACUUUUUGACUUGCUUCAAUGAAAGAGGAUGUAUGAGUAGACCGAAAUGGUGGCUGCUCACCCGAAGAGGAAGGGAUAUUCGAGAUUCCACAGUCCAGCUAACUCCAGAUUUGAUGUUAAUGUUUAGGUAACAUUAAUCGUACAUUUUUUUUCAUUGUUCCUUUUUGUUGCUUGUAUUGUUAAAAUCCACUGCUGGGUUUCACAACUUGAUGGGAAGAAAUCUGAAGCUGCUUGAUUUUGAUUUUUAGACAGAUGUAACUCCUCAACAGUGUACUGCCCCGAGAUCUGAGAAGGUCUUUACAGCAACUGAACAUUGUGUCUGAAGAUUUUUUGCGAUGAGUUGCAUUUUAAAACAUAUUUAUGAGAAAAUAAUUUUUUUUACAGUGUGCUGUUUAUUUUUCGUCAAACAGCGUGAAACACUAAACCUUAAUUUGCUCAUCUUCCUCUUUACUAAUCCCUCUCCCCACAGUUAUAAACUAAUGUUUUUACAUGUAACCUUCCCAUAGGUCACUGUUCAAAUGUGAAUAUAGGAAGUUGCUUGCAUUGAAAAUUUGACUCUUGAUUGUGUUCACUCAUUCAUUGUUCAUGAUUUAUUAUUGAUUUUGCUCCUGCCUACCACGUGGCAUGACUAAUUCUCUGCUGUGCCAAAGCCUGUACUUAUCGCCAUUGUGCAAAAUGAUUGAUUACUGCACAGCCUGACAAUCUUUUGGUUAAGCUGAAGGUGAAUUUUUAUGGUGGCGGGAGGAGAGCGCAGUGAUUGCACUUAGUCAGGUAAACCAUGAAAUGGACUGUUUAUAGAAAUCCAAACCGUCAAGUUUAUUCGUUCACCAAAAAAUGGUUUGUAAAUUUAUGCCCCAUGUUGUCUACCAGCUGAGGAGCGAGUGAACAAACUAUUUACUGAACAGCACAACUGGGAGGAAUCCACAUCAUUUAAAGGAUCAGAAGCCAUUACAGUCCAUCAAUGCCCAAUUGAGAAGCUGAACGUUUCUUCUGUGUUUCCUGAAACUCAAGUUACAGCCAUUGAGUAACAGAAGAUAGUACAGUGCUGUUGCCAAGAUAGAUUGGAUUGUUUAUUCAUUUUCUUUUUAAAGGCUUUUGGAUUUCUUUACUCUUGCAUAAGUUUUUGCAACAGUUGUCCACUUGCUUUGAGACAAUGUGAUGAUCUGUCUGUUGUAGGCAAAACACCCUAUCCAAUUAACAUCUAGGCAAUAGGAUGAUGCUUUUCACUUUUAAUUUGCAAUGUAGCUCUGGCUCAACCAUUCGGUUUGAGAUGGAUUGAUGUGAUAUGUAAUUUUUAAUGUGUUUUUGGCUUCACUUCCAUUUAGUCCCACCCAUGACAUUAAAAGAAAUGAUGACGCUAAUAGCAUGUUUUCUGUUGUUUGGUCUGAGCACCCUGCAACUCACCAUUCUUCAAAAUGCUUACUCCUUUCAGCUGUACAGUUCUACGAGUAAUUUUCCAAUUUUUUUUUUCCCCAAUCUGCUGUGUGAGACUUAUCAAUGUGACUGCAUAAGGCUACCUGACCUGGGAAGAUACCACCUACAUGCAAAGUCCUGUCAUUAACAUCUAAGCCUGCUUUUCAACAGAAGUCAGUGGUAAACAAGAGUAAGAAGCAAGGCCUAACUCUCAAUCUUGUCUGCUUUCCCACUCAGUCCGUCCCUUCCACAUUAGUCCUGAGGCUAAUUGUAGGUCUACAACCAGCUCUGAAAUGAGUUAAUUCAGCACCGAACUGGGUUCUUCCCGGCCUGAAUAGCUCACUGAAAGUCUGAAAGUGCAUUUACCAAACCUGAUUUCAUUGUCUUUUGAAGGUAUUUGGUUGUGUGGGAUAUCUCUGCGAACAUGGGACCUUAUUCUGCUGGUCCUUUCUCAUGAGAUUUCAAAAGAGCUUUUGACAGUGUUGUCAAUACUCUCCCAAUUUCAUUCCGUAACUUUUCCAUUUGCAUUUUUCCAGAUGGACCAAAAGAAAUGGCCUGUAAGCCAUUGAGUUUUUUUUUUAAACAAGCAGAAAGAUGCUUGCUUAGCUUUUGGAGUUUUGACCCUCUGGAGAAAAUAGCCAAGGGUGCAGCUAUUUCCUGAGAAAUGACUACUUUGGGUGUCUUUGCGGUUUCACAAGGUGUGAAAAUCAUGAGAAGGUUAGAUACCUUUCAGAAAAUAUGGGCAAACCUGCUGAAUAGCGUGUGUGGCAAAGCAUAAACUAAGCAACUGAUUUGUUUGGUUUGAUUCAUUUUAGUCUUGAGCUAUCCUGCUAUCAUAAUCUUCUGUAUUUUGUUCUACACUUUUUUUUCCAUUUGUUACUUCUAUUUAUUGAAUAUGUUAUACACCGUUUUUCCUUCUUUCUCUCACUUGUUCCCAUUUUGGCCCAUUCCAAAAUUAGUUGUAGAUGUUCUGGUUCAUGUAUCGGGAAUGGUACACACUCUAUGGCAAAGGAAUAGGAACGUCAAAGUUACUGUGAAGACCAUUCUUUCUUUUUAAUGGAAUCUCCAGCAACGAGUAUGCUGUGGUCAACACCACAUCUGGCCAAUUCAGGUCCAUGGGCAGCUGGCCAGUACAUGGUUUGAGUCAGUCCCUUAUUUUGGCUACCUGCAAUGCUAGAAGGUUGUACACAUUUUAUAUUUUGCCUCCACAGUUGAUUGACUGUACACAUUGGGUGUGCCCUAACUAUCCACUUGUAUAUUCUCUUUGGUAACUGUGCCUCGAACCUUUCUUAGGGAGGAGAUAAAUUGCUAAAUUCUUCUGUGAUACACGUUUCUUUUUUUUUUGUUGCCCAAUAUGGUGAUUUGUAAUGUCCAGAACCCUUCCAUCUUUCAUGCUUUUGCAUCCCAGUUUGGGAUGAAUUUGUAGUUUAUUCCUUUUAAGUUCCCAAUAAACUAUUUUGUAUGUGAUGUCUA